AAGGGUAUGAAUAUUUCAGCGAGACAACUCAAGGGCGAAGUUCAUUAAAGCAAUCAACCGUUCUCUGUCGUGGGUGAUGUCUUUUCCCCCGACUGGUCGAGCACCGUUUCAUUACAUUGGUGUCAGAAGAGAUCGGACCUUGCAUCCACGACUGUGCGUGAGCUUGGCCUGUGCCGCAGUUUGCCGCUGUGUCAGGGGUCCUGGGUCUGAUGACGGGCACUGCGACUGUCCUGGCCACCAGCGAGGUGAAGAAGAAACCUGCAGCUCUAAGUCUCAGUAUUGAAGAGCUCCCGUCCCUCUAUGUUACUCCAGAGCCGCAGCUCCGGUAUGUGGAGCCAGAGGUGGGGCCAGUGGAACAGGGCGUGGCCAAGCUGAGGAAAUGGGCCGAGCCUUACACCAACCAGUGUCAGGUAACGGGUCUGGUUGCCCUGGAGAAAGCUGAGGAGGUCUACAGGACUGUAGAGCCCACUGUGAGCGCCUCCACCAGGACAGUGAGAGGGACAUAUGAGUUCCUCAAUGAUCCUCCUCCGGACCUCUAUCCCAGCGUCGGGGUGGUUGGCUUCUCUGGCUUCUUAGGAUUGUACCUGGCCAAAGGUUCCAGGGUGAAGAGGCUGGUGUUUCCUGUCGGGCUGAUGGCUCUUAGUGCUUCCAUGUUCUACCCCCAGCAAGCUGCCUCCUUAACCAAGGUGAGCAGGGACUCUGUGUACAGCUGGAGUCAGCAGGGUCGGGAUGCUGUGCAGACGCUCUGGAAGGACCUGCCAUUUGGCAAGGGCAAGGCUGAGAAGACCGAGGACAAGAGCACUGCUAGCUGAGACAGAGCCUGGACACAUCGCAUGAGUUUUUAAAGUUAAUGGCAUCAAAGGUCCCAAAACAAUCACAUUUUGUUGCGUCAUGGAACAUUUGGUUCAAACGUAGAGGAUAGGUUAUAAUUGGAGCCCGGCCGGUAUAUUGUUUCACCGAUAUUAUCCAUCUAUAUUGGCCGUAAAACCCAGGGCGUUUUUAUUUGACUGUGUGUGUUCAUGUUGUGGGCCUAAUGUUGUGUCAGUGUGUUUGGGUGUGUAUGUUCAAUCAUGUGGUGUUCCUAGGUGUGGAUUGUUGCUGGCCCUGUUCUCCUAUGCCUUUUGUUUCAUGAAAUUGUGAAAUCCUCAAUGACUGAUGUUAAUAUAGGGGAUUAGGAUUCUUGGCAUGAUAACAACGGUUGUCAGAGGAGUUGGACUGCAACUUCUGACAGAAUCACCUAUAUUCACAACAGCCCUCUUUUCCCGAGUGUGUUUCCCUAGGUGGCAACGGUGUGACACAAAGCUCCUCACGGUGCACGUAGUGUUGGCACACAAAACAGAAAAGUAUUUGAAUUUUGAAGGACGUUACAUCAUGUCAUCACACCCACCAGUGGUGAGAGCAUGUUAUUACCAUAAUCUACUGUAUGUCUAAAUUGGUUGGAACCAGGCUCUUGUCGUAAAAAUACAAUUUGUUUUCAGUGAUAUAACCUGGCUUACUAGAGGUGAUAUAAAGUCUGUAGUUCUGGGUGUGCUGCAACAGUGUAGAUAGAAAUCACAUUCAACACUCCUAAAUGCACCGCGCCUCCAUGGUGUACACACACCCUAGACAGAGCACCUUAACAUACCGCUGUCUCUCCUGUAACAUGAUACAUCACAUUCCCUCUUGCUCAGUUACCUUGCCAACUAACCAUGCCAACCUGUUGUAACCAUGCCAAUGGACACAGGAGACUCCUGUCAGCUGUCCUCUGACCUCGUUUCUGUGUUUGUCUACAUCUUGUUGCUCAUGUUUGUUUUGGUUAUGUUUAUGUAUUUAUUUCUAAAGACAUUCCUCCAUCAUUGAUCCACCACAGAGUGCACUACGAUAAUGUUGCAUAAAUUAUUAAAAAAGUUAAAGAUGUACUUCUACUGAAGAAUA